UUUCAUAAUUCGUUUCUUCAUGAGGAGAUGGCGGUAGCAUGCUGUUGUUUCUGCCAAUCUCAUUGUCAGUUUCUGUUCGAUAUGAGUCCAACUGCUGUGACUGCACGAGCUCAGGCUUACCCAGUGAAGCCCAUUUUGUUGCCUUCGUGCAACAGAGAGAGCAGCUUCGUUGGGUUUGGGUUUGGGUUUCUUCCCAUGAGGAGGGAGCGUAUUGGGCUUAAGUUCGUGGCUGCAGCCUGGCUUUCUAACUUUUCUUCUUUACGUACUGGCUUGGAUACUCAGACCUUUCAGUCUCAGGAUUUAUCCCAAUUUUCUUGGAUUGGUCCAGUUCCUGGGGACAUUGCAGAAGUUGAGGCUUAUUGCAGAAUUUUUAGAGCCUCUGAACAGCUUAAUGCCGCUAUAAUGGACACUUUGUGCAAUCCAUUGACAGGAGAAUGUGCUGUUUCAUAUGAUUCCCAAUCAGACAAUCAAUCAUCUUUGGAAGACGAACUAGUAGCAGUGCUUGGCUGCAUGGUAGCUCUUCUGAACAAAGGAAGGAAGGACGUUCUUUCUGGGAGAUCUUCUUUCAUGAAUUCCUUUCAAGCUAAAGAUGUACAUAUCUUGGAGGAUAACCUCCCACCACUUGCCACUUUCAGAAAUGAGAUGAAAAGGUGUUGCCAAAGUUUGCAUGUUGCCCUUGAGAACUAUUUGGCCCCAUCUAGUGACCAAAGGAUCAUUAUAUGGAGAAAAUUACAGAGACUAAAGAAUGUCUGUUAUGACGCUGGCUUUCUCCGUGGGGAUGGUUAUCCCUGCCAGACACUAUUUGCGAAUUGGACUCCCAUUUAUUUAUCCCCGCCAAAGGAAGACUCAGCAUCCAAAUAUUCUGAAGUAGCAUUUUGGACUGGUGGCCAGGUAACAGAUGAAGGUUUGGAGUGGUUAUUGGAGAAAGGAUAUAAAACUAUCGUGGAUUUGAGAUCAGAGGUAGUCAAGGAUGACUUGUAUGAAGCAGCCAUUGAUGAUGCAGUUGUGAGUGGGAAAAUUGAAGUGGUAAAAUUGUCAGUUGAAGUUGGUACAGCACCUUCAAUGGAGCAGGUUAAGAAGUUUGCAUUUUUAGUAUCAGAUUCGAAUAAAAAGCCAAUAUAUCUCCAUUGCCAGGAGGGAGUUCGGAGGACUUCUGCUAUGGUCUCAAGAUGGAGGCAAUAUGUCACUCGCUCUGCUUCACAAUUAGUCGCAUAUAACCGUAUCCCCAUCAAUGGAAUGCAAACAGAAGAUACAAGAACACAUCGAGGCAUGCAAACCUCUUCAAAUUUUGACGGGGUUACUCUCUUAGAAGAUGAAAAUAAAUUAUUGCCUCAGAUAUUGGAUACUUCUGAUAGUCUCAAUGAGGCAUCUUACAAACAAGUCAUCCCGAUAUUGGAGAACCAUCAUCCAAGUGGAAAUGGGUCUUGUAAAAGUCGUGUUUCUUCCCGAGAUGCAACAUCAACAAAGGGAGAUUAUGGGAAUAGUAUAGGAUCGUUUGCACCCUUUUCCAGGGAAAUUGACCCUCUCAAGUCUCAGAUCCCUAAUGGCGAUGUUUUCUCCAGAAAGGAGAUGUCUAGUUUUUUCAAAAGUAGAAAGAUAUCACCACCUGCUUUUUUUAAGUAUGAAAGGAAAAGGUUUGAGGCAAUGCUGGUUUCAUGUGAGACACCUACAAAAACAAGUAAGAAUAGUGAAAUUCUUGGGGCUUCUAGUAUGUCAGGGCUGAUGGAGUCUGGUAGUUCAAAUAGGAGAUCUAGUGAUAAAAAUUUAUACUCGAUGCCCCAAAGAGUUUAUAGCACUGAAAAAUUCAUGGUGGAUGAUACUUCUGUUAGUUUGGGUGCAAGUUUAAAUGCAUUUGGAAGAGAAGAGAAAUAUGUUGACACUAAAACUAAUAUUUCUACCAGUUUUAUCGAUGACUUAGAAAGGAAUGCUAUAUCUACAGCUAUUAAAGAGGAGCAGAAGAGCAAUGGUAAACCUUCUAUAGCAUCAGGUAAUGAUGACUUGGAGCUUGUUGAAGGGAAUAUGUGUGCUUCUACAACUGGUGUUGUAAGAGUGCAGUCAAGAAAGAAGGCAGAGAUGUUCUUAGUUCGCACAGAUGGAUUUUCUUGUGCCCGAGAGAAGGUAACAGAAUCCUCCUUAGCUUUUACACAUCCUAGCACCCAACAGCAGAUGCUUAUGUGGAAGUCUACGCCCAAGACUGUAUUACUAUUGAAGAAGUUGGGACAAGAGCUCAUGGAAGAAGCUAAAGAGGUUGCUUCCUUUUUGUAUUACCAGGAGAAAAUGAAUGUGCUUGUGGAACCUGAUAUUCAUGACAUAUUUUCAAGAAUUCCAGGAUUUGGUUUUGUUCAAACAUUUUAUAUUCAAGACACCAGUGGUCUUCAUGAGAGGGUAGACUUUGUGGCAUGCCUUGGAGGAGAUGGGGUUAUACUUCAUGCUUCAAAUUUAUUCAGGGACGCUGUUCCUCCUGUUGUAUCCUUUAAUCUUGGAUCUCUUGGGUUCCUCACUUCCCAUAACUUUGAAGACUACAGGCAGGAUUUGAGACAAGUCAUACAUGGGAACAACACACUGGAUGGAGUUUAUAUUACUCUCAGGUUGCGUCUUCGAUGUGAAAUUUUUCGCAAUGGAAAAGCAAUGCCUGGGAAAGUAUUUGAUGUCCUUAAUGAGGUUGUUGUUGAUCGUGGCUCUAAUCCCUACCUUUCUAAAAUUGAAUGCUAUGAGCAUGGCCGCCAUAUAACAAAGGUCCAAGGUGAUGGAGUAAUAGUAGCCACACCUACAGGGAGUACAGCUUACUCUACGGCUGCAGGAGGUUCCAUGGUACAUCCAAAUGUUCCUUGCAUGCUGUUUACACCAAUCUGCCCACACUCUCUAUCAUUUAGACCUGUUAUACUUCCAGAUUCUGCAUGUCUUGAAUUAAAGAUCCCUGAGGAUACACGAAGUAAUGCAUGGGUAUCUUUUGAUGGGAAGAGAAGGCAACAGCUCUUAAGAGGAGACUCUGUUCGAAUAUCUAUGAGCAAGCAUCCUCUGCCAACAAUCAAUAAAUUUGAUCAAACUGGUGACUGGUUCCGCAGCUUGAUCCGUUGCUUGAAUUGGAAUGAAAGGCUAGACCAGAAAGCACUGUAAGGCUUGAAAUACAGAUUACUUAAUAAUGCUGUUUUUAGUUCGAGUGUAAAUAUCUGUACAGAAUGUAAUUCACAAAAAAAAAAAAAGGAGACAACAUACAUACCUUACAAAAGGGGAUGGUAUUUGUUCUCCUUAUUAUUGGAUCCCAAAGAAAGAUAGGGAUAGCCUUAUUCUUUAUGUUCCUAAAUGUAUUCAAAUACUGACAUAAAUUAUAUAUAACAAAGUUCCACUUUUGGGCCUUUU